AUGCCGCAGAGCUCUUCCUCGUCCGGUUGGGAGUUUAUAGACAACUCAACACUCACGUAUUUCAUACCACUUGCGACCGACUUCAAUGUCGAACAAGUCUUCCGUCCGAAUGGCGAGAGCAACACUACCGCCUUGGACUCCAUAGAGUAUAGGGAGUCGUUAUUCUUUGAUGAAUCGGUCGACGUAUACCUCGUACUCAAAACACCUGCUGUGGAGGACAAAGUCCUACGAUCUUCCCUACGGAGGUUAAUCGUAUCUCUCGAAGCCAAGAUUGUGAACAGUGGUAGUACCGAUCGAGACAGCGCGCGGACCUCCGAAAUCGUAUACAGCGGGACAGUGGAAGAGACACAAGAGCCCAUCAUCAUAUCAGAGAACGACAAUGAUGAUGAAGAAGGAUACUCUUUUGCUAUUUGGAAACUAUCCGUCUUCCUUUCGCGGCCUAGAAUCAGGCUGCAAAGCCCUUCGGCGGUCUUUGUAGCCAGUGCAGCUUUCAGACCUGCAGAGCUGUCCUUGUCGAGUCAACUGAAUGACGGCUAUCUUCCAAGUGGUGUUGCCUCGGGCCUCAACUUGCUCGAGUCUCUUGGAAGCGACCCUGCGAUGAAUGGAAUCGAGCCAAGAUUAUCAGCACUACGUGUCUCCCGCGUGGCCCCGUUGACACCACAAAGCAGAGACCUAUCGAAACCCAUCAAGUCUUCGCCAAAGCAGCUAGCUUUGCGAGUAGCCCCAGCAGUACAUUCUCGCAUACGCUUUGCGCGACCAAAUACCACACCGCCAAGUCCAACCAUCAUCGCCAUGCUGGAGAUAGAUUUUACACCAUUUUUUGACUGUGAAAUGUCCCUUACAUCCAUCAAGAUGUCUGUUGCAGAUGGCAGAGUUGAGGACUUGUCUUCGCAACCAGAAAUGAGCUUGCCAAUGUCGUGUGUGGCUCAUGACCACAUUACGUUCUUGUACCGCAUCGUUCCCGAAGAAAUGGAGACGCUGGCCAAGAACCCUACGCGCGACCUAAACAUUGCGAUAGAAAUGACAGCUUUGGAACAGCCCGGCGUGUGCACCCCAAAGCUCACAAUGGCAUGGACUACGAAUGUGGACUUUACUCUGCCUGUAAACCCGGGCUUUGGUUCGGCUCUGCAGCCCAUACAGCGCUCACACAGACCGAGCCAGCUCUCCAUCAAUAGCAUGAUGUCUCUCGGCUCACCGGCCAUUGCGCGACCAGACUCCCUCCCUUCUCUUGAGGCGGCAACGAAUAAACCCGACGCCAACCUCCCAGAUCUAGGUAUCACCGUGACAUUUACGGGCCCGCCACCCACGGAGAAGAUCUAUCCCGGACAAGUUUUCAGUUGGUCAGUUCUGGUGGUGAACCGCUCACCACCAACUUCGCAUGCUACAGCGCGAAAGCUAGCCCUGGUUGUAAUUCCCAAACGGCGUCGCAAUGAAACCCGCGUCAACCGAGCACCGUCUAUUUCGCCGGCAGCAGCGGCCACGACUCCUCAACCUCAAUCCAAGGCGCCGCAUGCCGACCGAGAGGUGGCCGAUGCCGUUCUCGAUGAUCACAUUAUCCACUCCAUUCAGAGAAGUAGCGUGGUAGAUAGCACCGAGGUCGUAUCUCUGAGCGCCGACGUGCGUGUUGGACCACUGGCACCUGGCUCGUGCCACGUUGUCGAGCUCCGGUUCAUGGCUGUGAAGACGGGCAUCCUCGGCAUCGAAGCCGUGCGGGUCGUUGACCUCAACAGUGGAGAACAUGUAGAUAUUCGCGAGGUACCCUCCAUUAUCGUAGACUCUCCCGAAGCUCAAUCCGUUGCUAGCAAGGACUUGGAGCUAGAAACAAGCAGUGAGCGCCUGGUUACUGCAGAGGCCUGA